AUGAAUUUAUUCACCAAUAUCUGGAAAGAUGCCAAACUAUUCAACGCAACUGUUUAUGCACAAUGGGCCGGAAUUUUAUCAGUUAUCUCAUGCAUACUAUUAAGACUCUUCUGGCUCAUCAUCAUCGGAUUUUCUACAAGACCUAGUCAUAAUGAAUUUCCUAUGAAGUUCGCGCCAUUAGUUAUGAGUUUGGAUAUGAUCAUGUUCCCUAUCCUCAUCCUAACCAUCGAACUACCCCUCAUCUUCCGCUGGAAACCGCCUUACAUCAUCGCCGUAUUCUACUAUUUCUUCCGCUCCAUCGCCGAUACCAUGCUCCUCAGCGCGGAUGUCGCUCGUAUGUAUCCCCACGGCAGCGCCACAUGGGUCCUCAUCAUAACCGGUCUGAUCAAGACACCGCUCAUAUUCCUCGGGCUUAUGCGGCCGUUUGUCUCGUCCGAGGGAAACCGCAUAGACUUCGAAUCUCCUAAUCUGUACUCCAUGCGUGAAAGAACCGUGUUUUACAUGGCGUACACAGUUGCCUAUGUCUUCGGCGCACACGGAUUGCCGUUUGGCCCGCCGAAAGGCGUUAGGUGGUUCCUGAUUACCGAGCCUAUGAGGUCGUGGGGGCUUAGCUCGAGAUGGUACUUAGAACCUGCGGAUAUUUUUUCCGUGGUGGCGUUGAUAUGCUAUUGUAUCGCGUGGUUUACUAAUCAGGAAUAUGUGUUUAGUCGCACGUUGGGAGGGCCUGGGGUUGAGAUCAUGACGUUUGUUCGUCCGGGACGGGUGCCCACGGAUGAUUCUAUUGCCUACGAGGAGGGUGCUAUUAGGUUAUGA